AGGAAGUCCGCUAACCAGGCCCUGCCUCAUUUUUCUGGACUGGACACUGACAAGCAGAGCUGGGAUAAGUCCUGCCUGAAGAGCUGGUAGAACCUGAACUGAGGUUGUCACAGAAUUCAAACAACCAUGGCUCUGCCAAUAGACCCCAUGGAGGAGCCUCGAUUGUACCAGCAGACGCUGCUACAGGAUGGCCUAUGUGACCUGCUGGAAAAUGACACCAUGGUGGACUGCGUGCUGAAGAUUAAGGACAAGGAGUUCCCUUGUCAUCGCCUGGUUUUGGCUGCUUGUAGUUCCUACUUCCGGGCAUUUUUUAAAUCGGGCGUGGAAGCAAGUAAACAGCGUGAAAUUGUCCUGGAGGAUGUUGAACCUGGUGUCAUGGGUAUGAUUCUGAAAUAUCUUUACACGUCAAGCAUCAAUGUGACUGAGCAGAAUGUCCAAGACAUCUUUGCUCUCGCCAACAUGCUCCAGAUCCCUUCCAUUUUCACAGUGUGUGUCUCAUUCCUCCAGAAGCGCUUGAGCUUGAGCAACUGCCUGGCCAUCUUUCGUCUGGGAUUGAUGCUCGACUGCCCUCGGUUGGCUGUCUCAGCACGGAAUUUUGCCUGCGAACGUUUUCAGCUGAUCACGCGAGAUGAGGAGUUCCUACACCUAAGUCCAAGCGAGUUAGCGGCCAUCUUGGCCUCUGACUCACUGAAUGUGGAAAUGGAGCAGGCUGUAUUUGAAGCUCUGAUCAAAUGGGUGGGCAGUGACAAGGACAAGCGUCUUGAUGAACUCCCAACGCUAUUGGACUGUGUGCGCUUCCGACUUGUCCCUGAGGACUAUUUUGCAGAGCAGGUGGAGCGCCAUGAAUGGCUGCGAUCUAACCCAGAAAUUACCAAGAAACUGCAGCUGGUCAAAGAUGCUUAUGCUGGAAAACUUCCAGAGGUCCAGAAAACUUUGACGAAUAAGAAAAGCAAGGAGAAGACUGAGGAAGAUGGCGAUGUGGAAGAUGAUCAGGAAGAGCUACUUCCUGGAAUCUUGAAUGAUGACUUAAGGUUUGGCAUGUUCCUUAGAGAUGUAGUAUUUAUGAUAAGUGAGAGAAGUUCAGUAGCUUAUGACCCAACAGGAAACGACUGCUAUGUGGCAUCAAUAUCCAGCCAGAUUCCAAAAAAUCACUGCAGCAUUGUCACCAAAGAGAACCAGAUCUUUGUAGCUGGUGGACUUUUCUUCAACGAACAAAACGAAGAGGAACAACUUAACUCGUACUUUUUACAGUUUGAUCCCACAAGUUCAGAUUGGCUUGGAAUGCCCCCCAUGCCCUCACCACGCUUUCUGUUUGGCAUGGCUGAAGCAGAGAACUGCAUCUUUGUAAUCGGUGGAAAGGAGUUAAAGGAAGGAGAACAAACUUUGGAUUCAGUUCUAGUUUAUGACAGACAAGCUUUGAAAUGGGGAGAGUCAGUUCCACUUCCCUAUGUGGUAUAUGGCCAUGGAACAGUGUCUCACGAUGGAAUUGUGUAUGUAAUAGGAGGAAAAGGAGACAGCAAACAGUGCUUGAACAGAGUUUGUGCUUAUGAUGCAAAGAAAGGUGAAUGGAAGGAUCUUGCACCACUGAAGACUGAACGAUCGCUGUUUGGUGUCACUGUUUAUAAGGACAAGAUCUAUGUGGCUGGAGGUGUUACAGAGACUGGCCUCACUGGCACCAUAGAGGUUUACGAUAUUAAAUCAAACAAGUGGUCUGAGUUUGUCGAGUUUCCUCAGGAGCGCAGCUCCCUCAGUUUGAUCACAGUGGGUAAUGCCAUCUACGCUGUGGGCGGCUUUGCAAUGUUUCCAAAUGAAAACAGUGAGGAGCUCACACCAAGAGAGAUGAAUGACAUUUGGAGGUAUAAUGAAAGUGAGAGGAAGUGGAACGGGAUCCUCAGAGAGAUUCGCUACGCUUCAGGUGCCACAGUGUUGGGUGUUCGUCUCAACAUGCUGAGACUCACUAAAAUGUGAAACAUGAAACCAACAGCACAGCUGUUUCUGCUCAGUUGAGACCCAAUGUUUCUUUUUCUCUUGUAAUUUCUAAUGGUUUGGUUUUAUCAGACAGCAAGUGUGACGUAUGAGCACUAAAAAAUUGGAACUGUGCUUUUUUCCAUUGACCGUGUGUGUGUUUUUUUUUUUUUAAAUAUCACCAAGUUUGGCGGCACGGUGGUGUAGUGGUUAGCGCUGUCGCCUCACAGCAAGAAGGUCCUGGGUUCGAGCCCCGUGGCCGGCGAGGGCCUUUCUGUGCGGAGUUUGCAUGUUCUCCCCGUGUCCGCGUGGGUUUCCUCC